CCCGCCUCCACCGGGACAGGCUCUUGACAGGCUGGGGGGCGGUGCGGGGGCAGACGGUGCUCUCGAGGGGCCGAACCCAGGUUUCCCAAGGAAUCUUAGGCCUCCCUGCCCCAAGAUCACGGUGCCUCCACGUGGGUCGCGGGACCUUCGACCACUGCUCUGCCUGCGUCACAAUGGCAUGUGACGUCGUUCCUCACCUUAUAAAAUAAUCCUUCGGGGAUCGUGGGGCGGUGGGGCCUCCAAAGGUCAGCCUAGCCCCGUUACCCCUAUAAGAUGGCCUCACCCUUUCGGGGAAAGCCCUCUCCGGCCCGGGCGGAAUCCAUCCGCUCCGAGGAGACGGCGACGGUCCGCGUGGAGACCUCGUCCCAUCGCGUGGAGACAUCCUACCGUCACGUGCGGACAUCUUCCCGGCAGGUGGAGACCACCCAGCGCCGCAGCGAGGAGCCCUCUGUCUCCCCCUCUGGGAAGAGACUCCCUCGAGUCUUCGAGGUGUCCUCCCAGCACGCGGAAACCCGCUCGCAGCUCACGGAGACGGCUUCCCGCCACGUCAGGGCCUCGUCCCUGCGAGUGGAGACGUCUGUGCACCGAGUGGAGAGCCCGCCGCGGCGGGAGAAGCCUUCCGCCCGCCAGAACGUCCAAAAGGCCCGAUGAAAUGCUGCCUUCCUCGGGGCCACAUGAGGGCCAUGGCCCUUGGCAAGGGCAGAAUCGCCUCCAGUUCGCAGCCUGCCUGCUGCCAGGUGGACCGAUCAUCUUUGGUUUCCUGGAAACAGUCCACAAAUCAAUUUAAGAAAGAGCCAAGCUGCGGUUCCGGAACUUAGCCAACAUUCAUUGACCCUCCUGCACCUUGGACCAAAGGCAAAUCUUUGACCCAGUGAACUAUUUUAAUUUGAAGCCAGCAGAAAAAGUUUUCAGGCUCUAGAUGUGUUAAGCUGAUGGAAGAGAGACUGUAUGAGCCUCCAAGGCAGGUGAGUUUUUAAUUUGGGGCCCCUUGAAUGACCUUAGCUGCCUCAAACCUGGAGAAGGAAAUGGCAACCGACUCCAGUAUUCUUGCCUGGAGAAUUCUGUGGACAGAGGAGCCUGGCAGGCUAUAAUCCAUGGGGUCACAGAGAGCUGGACACGACUCAGCGACUAUCACUCACUCACUGGAUGACCUUGGCUGCUUCAAACUUAUGGACAAGGAGCAAACAAAUUAUAACCGGUGGAAUUAAAUGCCUGCUGCAAACCUGAGGUGCAAGCAACAGACUUUCCUUAAUUAAUUAGUUGGCCUGUGUUUAUGUUUCAAUAUAUUUCUCUUCAUACCGAGUCCUUGUGCCUGGUAGCCAUGCACACAGGUUUUAAUAGAGGUCACACACACACAAAAAAAUAGAGGUCACAUGUAGUUCAAAGUGAAAAGUGAAAGUCAACAAUCAAGAAUAAUCUUAGAAAGGAAACGUGACCUGUGAUUUGAGGAGGUGCAGGGGAGGCAUAUUUAUUGAGUACCUACUCUGUGCUGGGCGUGCAUUUGGGCUAUAGCAGUGAACAAAGCAAACAGGGUCCUGGCCCUCGGGGAGCUUACAUUCUAGUGAAAAGGCAGACAACAGACGACAAACCAAGAGUUUUCUAUUGUGAUGAGCACUAUGAAGGAAACAAACAGGUGAUGUGAUAGAUGCUGACCAGUCCCUGUUUUUCUAAGUUAACCUGGUUAGCAACAACUGAAGGCAGGCCAGGGCUACCCCCUAGAUCAGUAUAUCUUAACAGAUUAGUAGGUGGAGCCAUUCAAGGCGGCCUUGGCUGGGAAUGAAGGGACAUGCCUACUUUCAACAAUUAGUGCUCUUUAUCCCAUUUAGCAGGAUGUAAAGACCUGGAUUCUGUGGGACCUCAUUGGGAGAUAGAGUACUUGCUGUUGGCAGGCACUGUGCCCAGUCAUUCCUCACAUUAAUUUAUUUAAUUACAGGGGAGUGCACUGGAAUAGGGCUCAGGCCAGGGGAAUGUCAUAAAACCCCAGAGGUACCCCUGAUGCUUCUGCUUCAUCAAACUUCUGCUAUAGACUAAUACUUAGACUUUGGAAUUUUAGUCUUUGGUGAGCUUACUGUCUCUUUUUAAUGUGACAGACCAUGUGCAUUAGAUACACACUCUUAAUCAGUGUUUUUAAAUGAGCACAGUGCUUGCUUUUCUUUAACUGUCCUUUAUUAAUGUUUUCAUUACAAAAGUGAUAAUGUGCCUAAUGUAACAAAUGAAAUAAUUCAAGAUGUGUAAAGAAUCACUUUCCAUUUUCAUCCUCUGGAAAUAAUUCAUGUCAGUAACUUGGUGUAUAUACUUCCAGACCUUUCUGCAAUAAAUGCUCCUGAUCUCCUUA